UUCUUUUUGUCAAAAUAGUAUACGAUGGCCAACUGCGAGAAAUCUCCCUCCCCAAAGGAGCAACAGGUACGGUUGAUGAUAUGGACCACCCCUCGCACAACCUCCACUGCCCUGACCAAAUGUCUGAGCUUCGUUAAAGACUCCAAAGUAUUCUUCGAACCGUACUUAACUGCAUACUUCAUGGGACCUGAUAAAAGUGUUUCCCCCAAUGAGAGAGGGGACAGCUAUCCAGCCUUGAAGGAGGAGUUCGUAGGAUGGUUCGAUGCUUCUCAGUGCACCUAUAAGUGGGUGAAGGAGCAACUUGAAGGAACCCACGAUGGCAAGAAGUUCAUUCUCUGCAAGGACAUGGCAUACACUGUCUCAGAUCGCUUUGCGUUCCUCCCUGAGAACUACCAGCAUCUUGUCCUAAUUCGCAAUCCUUUGAAGGUCUUCCCAUCUUGGAAGAUACUGUUUCGGCAGAUAAGACGCGUGUCGAUGGAUGAGUAUGAGCUUGAUAAACUGCCUCCAGGACUGUUCCCUGAAGGUCGGGGUUAUAAAGAGAUAAAUGAUUUGAUCGAGUAUCUUAAGGAGACCCGGAACCAAGAGGUGAUCAUCAUCGAUGCGGAUGACCUUCUUCAAGACCCUAAGGGUAUCCUCUCGGCUCUCUUCAAGGUCAUCGGGAUGCCUUUUGAGGAGAGGCUUCUGAGCUGGGAAGCGGGUGAUGCCAUCACUCGGGAAUGGGUAGUCGCAAAGCAUUGCCUAGAGGUAAACCAGGUCGGGCAUAUGUACAAUACUGCCUUUGACAGCACGUGUUUUACGAAGCCACGCCCUCUACCAGAUCGCCGUUCUCUGUCACCUGACAUCCUUCGCUGUGUCGAUGCUUCCAUUCCUUACUACAACAAAAUGCACGCACGGCGCUUGACAGCUGAAAAGUAGAUUGUUUGGCUUUUUUUUUUAGGGUGGUGGGGGGGGGG